AGUUGCAGGUGUUAAGACGGCAAUUAGUAAAAUCUUAUCGUCCACUAGAGGCAAUGAAAAUUCAAUGUGCCUGAUAAUACCUUAAAAGUAUUAAUGUUGUAACUGUGUUAAUCGAAUCAGUCUGCAUCUGGAGGGGCAUUAAGCCAGUCGUGUUCUUUCGAUAAAUUUGGGAAUGUGUUGCGGAUAUAAUUAAGCAUAAAUUUCGGUUGCGCGGAGGAUAAUCGCAGAUUAUCGCGAAAUCCUGCUUUCUUCAAUACGCCAAACAUAAAAUUAUUUAAAUAACAGCAAAAUGAGAACCAAUACUGUGAUAAUUACGACAAUUUGUCUGCUAAUUGCUGCCACUAGCCAAUUGCGAGUUUGCUUGGCGGCGGAAGAAAAAGAAUCCCAUUGCAUUUGGUAUGGCCAGAGCCAUAUGGUUGGUGUUCAUUGGUUGAACAAAGCAGCGAAUAUUGAGCCACAACCCGUGAAUGAUGAGAGCGCUGAAGCUGUCUUUAAACAACGUUGCUCGCUAUGGUAUGCUGAGUAUAAAGCGGCCGAUCCAGAAGGGCCACUCAAGCUGUGCUGUGAUGCUGCUCAAAUUCAAACGAUGGGAUCGAGUAUGGCUCAAGCCGACGGCAUAUUUGCGCGCUGUCCCGUUUGUGUUUACAACAUGGCUAUUUCGAUUUGCGGCAUGACCUGCGCGCAGAAUCAGAGUCUCUUCAUGGAGGCCCACAAUGACACGUACGAGAAUCAACAAUUUGUCGCAGAAGUCGAUUUCAGAAUUGACGACGAUUCGGUGAAAGCCGUCUACGACAGCUGCGCCGGCAUUCAACACACACAGACGGGUCGUCCGGCAAUGGAUUUGGCCUGUGGUGCUUACAAUGCGAAAACCUGUGAUCAUCGUAAAUGGUACAAUUUCAUGGGUGACCCCAGUUUGAGUGAUUACGUACCCUUUCCUAUUAACUACCAAUAUUUGAAUGAGUCCAGCGAUGAAGUGCGUUUAAUUCUGCCAGCGAAAAAUUGUACUGAAGCGUUGGAGGGCUCAUAUGCCUGCUCGUGUGUCGAUUGCAGCGCUUCAUGUCCAUACAUGGAUCCACCAACUGGUGAAGAGAAAGGUUUUAUGAUUGCUGGACUCUAUGGCAUAACCUUCAUAGUAUCGUUGGUGUUUGGUGCGCUUGUGAUGAUUUGCAUACUUUGCGGUUCAUUGAAUAUCUUCAAACCGAAAAUAAGCAUUACUACAUGCUGUACGGGUUUCGACUGUGUAAAUACCAUACUUUCAAAACUGUUUCUCAGUUGGGGUCAUUUUUGUGCAAAGCAUCCGGUACUGGUUUUGGCUAUUUGCUCUUGGAUAAUUGGUGGACUCGCUUAUGGUGUUAUUUACUUGAGUGUGACUACAAAUCCCAUUGAUCUUUGGGCUGGGAAAGAGAGUCAAACACGUCAGGAAAAGAAAUAUUUUGACGAACAUUUCGGGCCAUUUUAUCGAACCAAUCAGAUUUUUGCCAAACCGUUAAACCAAACUACGUUUACACACAAUACAUCGGCGGGAAUACUAACAUUUGGUCCUGCAUUCGAAAAAAAUUUCCUCAAAGAGGUCUUCCUUCUGCAAGAACAAAUCCAAAGUUUGACUACAGAGAAUGGUGUGACUUUGGCAGAUGUGUGCUAUGCCCCUAUGGUUUAUGUUGGAGAGACGGUAACCAUUGAUAAUUGCUUAGUACAAUCAAUCUAUGGAUACUAUCAAAAUGAUAUGGACGGAUUCGAUAGAGAAUACGAAGAUAGUAAUGGCUACACAAACACAUACCUUAACCAAUUGGAAGAUUGCUUGCGCGUCCCCAUGUUGGAGUCGUGUUUCGCUCCUUAUGGUGGUCCAAUUGAACCUGGUAUCUCGGUAGGUGGCAUGCCGAAAGUAUCGGCGGACGAGGACCCUGACUUUCAACUAGCCACUGGCUUGGUGCUCACUUUUCUAGGCAAAAAUAAAAUUUCUUCAAAUGAACUCAAACCCAACAUGGAGUGGGAGGAAGCUUUUAUCAAUUUGCUCAAGAAUUAUACAAGUGAUCAAAUGGAAAUUGCAUUCUCCGCCGAGAGAUCCAUUCAGGAUGCAAUUGUUGAGCUUUCCGAGGGUGAAGUUUCUACUGUCGUUAUCAGCUAUGUCGUCAUGUUUAUCUACGUCGCCAUAGCAUUGGGUAAAAUACGCAGUUGCCAACGCUUCUUUAGCGAAUCGAAAAUAGUUCUCGCUAUAGCCGGCAUUAUUGUUGUACUGGCCUCAGUUGUUUGCAGUUUGGGCUUCUGGAGUUAUCUGAACGUAACCACCACCAUGCUGGCAAUUGAGGUGAUACCUUUCCUGGUGUUGGCUGUUGGUGUAGAUAAUAUUUUCAUUAUGGUGCACGCCUAUCAUCGUUUGGAUAGAAGACAGUAUAAGGAUGUAGCAGAGGCGAUAGCCGUUGCAAUGGGUCAAGUUGGUCCAUCGAUUCUACAAACUGCCGGCUCGGAAUUUGCCUGCUUUGCUAUAGGCGCUAUUUCUAAUAUGCCUGCUGUAAAGACCUUUGCCAUGUAUGCUGCCGCGGCCAUUCUACUAAAUUUCUUCUUCCAAAUCACCGCUUUUGUUGCAUUCAUGGCUUUGGAUGAACGUCGUUCCGAAUCGGGGCGCUUUGACCUCUUCUGUUGUUUGAAGACUUCAAACAAAAGUGAACUCAGUGAUGGACAGAAUGUGGGCAUUUUGGAGGAGGUCUUCAAAAGUUUCUACGCACCUUUCUUGCUUUCCAAACCGGUUAAAGUUACUGUUUUGGUUGUGUUCACGGUAAUCACCUGCUUGUCGCUGAUGGUAGCACCUUCAAUCGAGCUUGGUUUGGAUCAAGAAAUGUCCAUGCCAACCGAUUCACACGUCGUUAAAUAUUUUCAAUACAUGAAUGAACUUUUGUCAAUGGGUGCGCCUGUCUAUUGGGUCCUGACGCCAGGUCUAAAUUAUACGUUGCAAGAUCAUCAGAAUGUUAUUUGUGGCGGUGUGCAGUGCAAUAAUGACUCCGUAUCAGUGAAGCUUUAUCAGCAGUCACUUUACCCCGAAAUCACUUACCUUGCUCGAUCAGCUUCCUCUUGGAUAGAUGAUUAUAUUGAUUGGCUUGGUAUAGACGAUUGUUGCAAGGUCAACGCUACGGAUGAUACCUUCUGUCCGAGCAACUCGAAGGCGGAUGAUUGCGUCUCUUGCACGCGUGAGUUUACUGAGGAUGGAUUACGUCCAUCCCCAGAAACGUUCCAAAAGUACAUACCUUUCUUCUUAUCAGAUUUGCCAGACAGCGAAUGUGCAAAGGCCGGACGUGCUUCAUAUGCGGAUGCUAUCGUUUACACACUCGAUGAACAAGGCUCUUCGACUAUUUUGGAUACCCACUUAUUCCAGUACUCCGCCACGUCCACCACGUCUAUACAAUUUUAUUCAGCACUUCGUGAGGCGCGACGCAUCGCAAGCAAUAUAAACGAAAUGUUUGCUGAGAAAGAACUUGACGUCACUAUUUUCCCCUAUUGCAUUUUCUUCAUUUUCUAUGAACAGUAUCUGACCAUCUGGGAUGAUGCACUGUACUCUCUCGGUAUAACACUAUUGACCAUAUUCCUGGUAACAUUUAUUAUCACCGGUUUGGAUCUGCCAUCAGCACUGAUGGUCACUGCGUUGGUUCUAAUAAUCCUUAUCAAUAUGCUCGGCAUGAUGUGGGCCUGGAAUAUUACGCUCAACGCAAUUUCAUUGGUUAAUUUAGUCGUGUGCAUUGGUAUCGGUGUUGAGUUUGUGGCUCAUUUAAUUCGUUCGUAUAAAAAUGGCAUCGGUAGCACACAAGAUCGAGCAAAGGAAGCGCUCAUAGUAACAGGCAGCAGCGUUCUCUCGGGUAUUACGCUCACGAAGUUUGCCGGCAUCAUCGUUUUGGGUUUCUCCAAAUCACAAGUAUUCCAAGUAUUCUACUUCCGUAUGUAUCUCGGUAUUGUGCUGAUCGGAGCAGCGCAUGGUCUUAUAUUACUGCCCGUUCUACUCAGCAUAUUCGGACCAUCAAGUAAGCAGAGUAGCAAAAAUAUUAAUAUAGCUUAAUUAUAUGACGAUAUUUUUAAUCAAACUCGUUUUAUAGCAUUUUUAAGAAAACUUAGUGCGAUACCAAGACAAUAAAUUAAUUAUUUUAAGCUGUAAUUUAUAAUGAAUAAUAAGUAGAAAAAUAAUAAAAUGGUCUUUAAAAGAUUUAAAUUUACAGCGAUAACUGUUUUAAUGAGUUCUCUGCUAAUAAUCGGAGCUCACAGCAGCUUCAUAGGCGCAAAUAUAUAUGCAGCAGUCUCCGAAACCAUUUUUACGCUGUCUUAUGCUAUUACAGUAAAACCACUAAGAAGAGCAAACAAUAAGAUAUUUUAUAUUUCUAUGUAUUUACGAAAACUUUUAAUCCUCAUUUUAAUAAACAAAUA